AUGCUGGCUCAGCGGAUCUUGGCCCGGCGCCUGCCCCAGGUUGCCUCUCGAGCAAUUGCUCCUCGUGCAGCUUUCUCCCAGAUGCCAGCCCUCCGCGCUGCUGAGAUUGAUGAUCCUCUACAGAACAACAACUACCCCAACCCUCCCGCCGUGAAGCGAGCCCACAGAGAUCCCCAUGGAGGCUGGUGGGAUGCGCAAGAGAAGCGCAACUUCGGCGAGCCUGUGCACGAGGAUAACGAAAUUCUCGGUGUGUUCAGUCCCGAGCAAUACACCCAUGUCUCGGCUGGCAAGGGUUUCUUCCACCUUGGAUGCUUCGUUGUGGCUUUCCUCGGUCUGGUUGGCGUUGUCAGCCUUAACUACCCUGACAAGCCUAGUGUCCCCAAGACCUAUGCCGACGGUUUGGAGAAGGAACUGGGAGGUCCCAAUGCUUUGCCGGCUCGUAAGUCCGGUGAGGAUAAGUGGUGA